AUGAUGCGAGAUCCGCGUCGCCGGAGCCCAGAGAGCUCUCGGCGGCGAAGAAGAGACCGCCGUGAUUCUCGCGAGCAACUCGCCAGCGCUGCCGACGAGAGCGUCGUAUCGAGCAUUCCUGGUCCAUCAUCUCGGGCCCCAACACAGCAGCAGCCCCUGCCGUCCGUGUAUUCGCCGUCGCAAUCGCAAUACCCCCAAUCCUAUACCGAAUCUCAGAGAUACCCCGAAACCGAGAGAUAUGCUGCACCUUCUGAGAGAUAUCACGAUCCUCAGAGAUAUGGCGAGCCCCAACGAUACCCCCAACCCGACCAGUACCAACAUCACCAACACCACCAGUCGCAACACCAGUAUCCCCCUUCCGAGGCCUUCGUUCAGCCUCUAGGCUAUGGCGAACCCGAACGACAUGCCCAACCCCAGACGUACCAAGGGAACCACCAGCCCGAGAGGAUGCGCCCGCGAGGUGGCUCAAGCUCUUCCUCGUCAUCGUCCACCUCCUCUUCUAUGCUCAACAUUUCAGCAAAGAGCCCCAAGUUUGGCGGCAUCUUUAAUACUUUCUUCAGAGCCCCCUCGGAGCAGCGCAAACGUCGCAGGAGGAAGAAGCAGAAAGCCCGCAUUCUCUCAUUUGGCAAUUCUUCCUCCUCAUCCGUCAACUCUGAUAUGGCUUACGGUCGCGGCUACAUUGACCGCGACAAGAGUCAGCUUACGAGCCCCAGGCCACAGGGAUACGCGAGUCCUUCGUUGUACCGCGCCGAACCGACUGACGCCCACCAACAACAACCGCGGCCCCCCAUGCCUCGUGAUAAGACCGACGAGGAAAUUCUAGAGAUUGGACGCCAACUGCAAGACAUUGCGCGCAGGCAGAAUGAGCAUGAUCUCAAGUCUGCUUCCAAGUCACGGGCGUCCCAGCUAGCCGGUACCGCGGCUGGUGCCGCAGCCGCAGCCGCCGCCUUCAGCCAUUUUCAUAGUAAGAGUAAGAGCGACACCAAGACCAGAGGAUCUGGCACUUCUAAACCUAAUGAAAACGCUUCCUCCUCGGACGAUGACUGGGAAUCGGCGUCCGAAGAUGAGGCUACUACUACGGAUGAUUCCGACAACGGCCUAGCGUAUGGCUCCUCCAUCAAGCCGUCCAAGUCGGCGAGAAUCUCGACCGAGCCUCCGGAGCAGAUUAAGCCACCCUCACGGAGGAGUACCAUUGUGGACCCACGCCUCUUCGGCCCUGUAAACUCUCUUCGCGGCGCCGUAAAAAGUCCAUGCGGCUUCGGUGAGGAAGAUCCCCGGUCCGCUGGCUCUUCCCGCCGCCACCACGAAGAGACGGUAGCGCAAGUCGAAUCGCCAAAGACUGGAAAACAGCCGAUGCAGCGUAUAUACCCGGUGCCGACCUCAGAUCCGGACAAGUUCGACUACGACCGUAGCUCUGUAACCUCAUCCCGCCAGGAUGUCCCUCAGCGUGCCCGGCCUGACCCGGUCCCUAUCCAGCAGCCUAUCCCCAUUGUCCCUCUCCCGCCCAAGGUUUAUGAUGCAGAGAGAUUCGAGGAGGAGGAGGAGCGCCGGAACUCUAAACAACCCCGCCAGCCGCCCAAGGGAAGAAGUGCUGCUGAGAAUGCCAUCGCCGGCGUAGGCAUUGCUGCCGCGGCUAUUGGUGCGACCAUGGCUGCUAAGCGUAGGGACUCGGGCGAGUACAUCGAACGUCGAGAUGAUCGUCGAAGUGAAGUACGGGACUAUCAUCGGGACGACUUCCGCGAUUCCUGGCAAAGCCGCCGCAUAGAGGAAGAACCCGAACGCCUAGUAAGAAUUGAGCUGGAAGACCGCGACCCUCGUGAUCAGAACGACCCGCGCCGGCCCCAUCAACGCAACAACGUUGAGAUCGUCGACGACCGAGACAAGCGCCGCUCUGGCCGUUCUGAUCCCGCCUAUGAGGCCUUGAAGAAGCCCGACGUUGAGACUGACCCUCGCCCGGAGGUGUAUAAGCUGCCCCAGGGUGACGAGAUUCGAGUUGAGUACGACCCAAAAGAUGACCGCCGGCCACGUGAGGAACCAAAGGAACCUCGUAGGGAUGACCGUAAGCCGGUGGUGGUCGUGGAUGAACGCCGGGAUGCGAAGCGGGUAGAGAAGCCGACUGAGGCACCCCGAGAGAAACAUGGGGUGGAGCAUCCCGAGGCCCCCAAUGCACAAGCCCCUAUUGACCCUUUCCAGUUCCAGGUCGCUGAUGAUGCGUUUCAAACACCAAAAUACGCCACCCCGAAGAGGCCACUGACUCCCCAGGUCGUGACCGUCGACCGCGAACCCAACUUUGACGAUUCCCCGCCGAGGAAGCCCGACUACUCCGAAUCCCGAAUGAGCCGCAAAGACUCCUUUGAACUCGAGAAGCGUCUGGAGCAGUAUCAGCAAGGUGCACGAGACCGUUCCCGGACCCCUGAGCCGCGCCGCCGGAGGGACUCCCUUCAGGAGGAACAGCAUGCUGCAAAGUCCAUCUACGAUGAGGCCAAGCAUGCUACCGUGCCUAUAGCCGCGGCCGCCAUUGCUUCUGCCAUCGCUGUCGAAGAGGAGAGAUCGCGCAAGCACCGCAACGAUCAUGUGACCGAGGAUGGCUCCCGCGACAGAUCCCGAGCUACCAAGGACGCCGUACAGGAAGAGGCCGACCGGUACUACCGUGAGACUGUCAUCGCCCGCAAGAUCGCCAAGGACGAGAUCCGCUCGCGCAGUGCGUCUCCCCAUGAUGAGUCUGUCGUUGGCAAGUGGCAGGACCACGAUGAGGGCCCUGAUAUCGUCACCAUCGUAACGCCGCCCGAGAUGGAUCAUCCUCACGACAAGAGCCCGUAUGACGCGCCCAACGCUGAUGUUCGCAUCGAUCAUGUCAUCAUUCCCGACGAGCUUUCUCGCUUCCGUUUGCCUCACCGUCAACUCGAUCCUGGCGCACAGCCAAUCUUCCAGUCUCGCGAUCCUUCUGCUGAGCGUGAACGACCUCUGCUGAACCUCGUCUUACCCACACCCGUUGUCACCCCACGCCACACGCCCGCCCCUGAGAAGCAAGCGGAAGAACAACCCUCUAGCAGAAGUCAAGAGCCUCUUCAAACACGAUCGGUUACUUCAGCUGAGCCACCUUCUUCUGCGACCACGCCCGCCACAGAAAUCGUUUUUGGACCCAGAGGCGAGGUUGUGGAAAGGCCGACAACGCCCACAGCCAAGUCAGUCACUUGGGGCGAGAAUGAGACCAAGAGCUUCCAGAUCGAGAGCCCAGAACCUCCGAUCAAGGAGCCGUCCGCCACCUCUAGUAAGUCGAAGAAAAAGAAGAAGAAAUUGGGCAAGAGUUCACCGUGGGGCAUCAUUGCGGCGGGCGUUGCCGGUGGAGCUGCAGCGGCUGCCGUCUCCGAAGCCCCCAAGAUGCGCGAUCCUUUCGAGAGCAAGCCUGAAGAGGACAGAGAGAGACACAGUCCCCCAGAGUCACCAAAGUCUCGUAGCGUCGAGCCCAUAUCGCCGAUUAUCGAAGCUGCCCCGUCUAAGCUCACCACGUCGUUCGAAGAUGACGCAGACUUGCCUCCCGCCCCCGGUCCCAAGCCGUCUAGCCCUCAGACAUCUAGAAUGCCCGGCGCCUUUGCAGAUGAUCUGGAAUUUGCCUCUGUGCUGGCGGCUGGUCUUCAAGACACUGGGUUUGACCCCAACAUUGUGAUCGAUAACCCUACCUACAUGCGUCGCGACAGCCCACCAGGACAGAGUGAGCCGGCUGUCUACCAGCAGCCUUUUGCAGAAACUGUCACCGACCUGGGAAUUUAUGGUUCUGAUCAUGUCCACGAUGGGCCCACUGCAGGCGACCGCGGCUUUGUCAUCGGCGAGGUGCCAGAAACGCCAGUAGCAGAGAAGGAAAUGCACAACGGCCACGCGACUGACUCCCCUCGUGCAGAGGCACGUCGUGACAAGGGCAAGGCUAAAGAGAUGCCGUUCAACGAGCAGGAGCCGCUAGUUGAAGAGGCUGAGCCGCCAAGGAAGCUGAGCAAGAAGGAGAAGCGCAAGCAAAAGGCAUCAAAAAGGCAAAGUCUCGACAACGCGUUACCUGAAGAGACGUACGAUGCCCCCGAGUCAAGAUCACAGCCUGGAUCUGCUCCUUCGUCUGUGCCGGCCCCUAUCUACGAAAGGCCACGCGGCUAUUAUGACGUCCCCGAAGCCACAUCACGGCCUGAGCCUAAUCCAUUUGCACCAAUGGAUCAUGCAUACGCCCGGCCUCACAGUUACCACGAUGUCGCCGAGCCUGCACCUCAACCUGCGCCAGCUUCAUACUCGCAAGCAAUGCCCACCUAUGACAGACCUCACAGCUACUAUGGCGAGCCUACAGUGGCUUACCGAGACCACCCUGCUCCCUACGCAGAGACGGGCCCUUCUUAUGAGAGGCCAAGUAGCUAUUACGACACCCCUCAAAGCCCGGAAACCGUCGUGGCGCUUGGCCCGAAGACUCGUGGAUUCCAAGACGCACCCACCUGGGAUUUGCCCACCUCUUCUGCGACAACACACCCUCGUGACGAGACUCCCGUCUCAAGAGCGGUGGAACCCGAAGCUGCCCCAACAGACCCUGAAGCCUCCACAUCGACGAAAACAAGCAAGAAGGACAAGAAGAAGAAGAGUCGUAGCUCAAGAUCUGACAUUAUUGUCACAUAUGACGAUGAUGAGCCAGAGACCCAAGAGCCAUCUUCUUACAACGAGCCGAGCACUUCCCGCGAGAAACUGCCUGAGAGGGAUUCAUACCGCUCUGACGAGCCCCGAGAGGCCGGCGACGAUGCAUGGGAUGAGCCUGCGAAGAAGAAGAAGUCCAAGAAAUCCAAGCAGAGCUCAGAUGAAUGGACAGACGUCGAGAAGCAAAGCGACUACACCGCGACCCCAACCGUCGAACGAAGCAGCACUCGCGACGAUCUUGAAGAAUGGGACGAUCUCCCGCCCAAGUCUCAGCGGGACCGUUCCAAGUUCGAAGAGCGAGAUGUGAGCUCUGUCGUAUCUGAUCCAUCGAGCAGGCGAGACAAGUCCGAGCCCCGUUCCAAGAGUAGCCGGAUUGACGACCGCGACGUGAGCUCAGUUGUCUCUGAUCCUGCGAGCCGGCGUGACAAGUCGGAUCGUCGAUCCCGGAGCAGCCGAUACGAGGACGCAGACACUAGUUCGGUGGUCUCUGACCCCUCAAGCCGGCGUGAGAAAUCCGAUCGCCGGUCCCGCAGCAGUCGCUUCGAUGAUAGGGAUGCUAGUUCAGUUGUGUCCGAUCCCGCCACACGGAGCGAGAAGUCAGAACGCCGUUCCAAGAGUCGCCGUGAGGACGACCGAGACGCCGCUUCCGUAGUUUCUGAUCGUUCGUCUCGUCGUGAGAAGUCUGACCGACACUCGAACGGAACUCGUUACGACGACGAUGCCAAGUCGGUGGUGUCGGAAAGCUCCGAACGUAAGAGACGCAGCCGAGACGACAAGAAGAGUCCCAAGGAAGACGAGAAACGCAGUAGCGGCUUCUUCAACAACCUGUUUGGAAACAGAAGCAGCAAGGAUGUUUCUAGCAAGGACGAGAAGUCGUCUUUUUUAGAUAAUGCCGGCACCCUUGGCGCGGGUGCCGGCUUGGCGAGCGCCGUGGCAGCUUUGGGCUCCAUGAUGUCCCGCUCCAACGCCACCGAACCGCAGUUGGAAGAGUCGUCAGAUGCUCCUCGAGAUCGCGAGAGAUCCGCCAGUCCCCCGCGAGACCUUGAAAUCGUCGACCCUGAGAUCGUGCCGCGGACUAUUAGACCUGCCAUCGACCCUCAGUACGGAGAUUUCCUCCCCCUGCCACCCAGCCCAAUGCCGCCUAGCACCCCUGGCUCUCCCACCCAAGCAGACUUGGAUGAGCUACCUGCCUUGCCCGACAGCCGGCCGGAGACGCCACCGGAGGAGCGGAGGCGUCAGCACGAGACUAAGACGCCAAAGACACACGCGCGCAAGCGUAGCAACAUGGAGACACCGACCAGAAGCCCAAGUCAGACAGCCGUACCCUUCAAGCUACGACUGGGGCAGAGGUCGGCACCUUCGUCUCCCGGUACCUUUGGAGUUUCGCCAGUCACCUCUCCAGCAGUGCCCACGUUUCCCGAGACCACACACAUCACCCCUCCUCACCCCGCUUCCCUGUCUCGGCGCCCUUCGAGGCCCAUCUCUUGGGAGAACAGUCGCGAGAUCAAGCCCCUAUACCUGCUUGAACAGGCUCGUCAGGAAUCCGCAGCUCAGUCGAUGGAGCCACCCAUUGAUUUCCCGGAGCUGCCUCCGAGCGAACCGUCAUCGCGGGAGUCUCCUGCACCAGAAUUCACCCUGCGUGAUGAGGAUGUGAAUUACUUCCAUCAGCUUCAGGCAUCGCCCUUUGAGCCUGACCUUCGUCUUGACACGGAUUUGUCACGCUAUCCUGAACACACAACGCGCCGCUUCAGCUCGCAGGAAACCACCCCGAAGGCAGAGUACGCAAUCCAGCAUGCUGGUGCCAUGUUUGAUGCGGCAUCGCCUCGUCUUCCCGCGUCUGCAGAUACCGCCAGGGGGCUGGACUUGUCAGAGCAUGAGCUAGAGAAGCUGCCCGCACUUCCUGCUAGCCCUAUGACAUCCCCGGCAACGGCCAUUGCCAGUCCUACUCACCGUUCGAAUAUCCCGGAGUCUAAGCUAGAGCAGCUACCUGCUCUACCCGACAGCCCCGUGACGCACGCAACUGAGAUGCCCGAACCGGAACAAGUAGAGACCACGUCCAAAGAAAGAAGUUCGUAUCUCCUACACAUGACGCCCCCAUCAAUCAUCAAAAAUCUAAUGGAUCGUGACACAUCAGACACACCAUCAAGCCCUACACUCAACCGAUCGCGCGACAUUGCCGCCAAUUUGGCCGAGGUUGACCACGACGGCCACUCCCGCGAUGAUGCUAUUGGCGCUCUACUGGGAGGUGCCGCGGCUGGUCUGGGGGCUGCCUAUCUCGCAGACCGUCUCAAGUCUCACGACAAGUCGGCAGAGAUUGGCCGAGACGUAAAGACCUUGGGUGCUCCCGAGCCAGCGGAACCACCCAUGGUUGAAGGCAAGAAGUCCAAGAAAGACAAGAAAAAGAAGAAGAAGGGCAAGAGUGCGUCAGUCGAUGGCUUUACCCUCCCUCCAGAUGAGCCUACUUCUUCUGCUCUUACGCCAGAUGCCGACGAGGCGUUGGUGUCAGCGGAGCCCCUUGCAAUUGACUCUAUCGACAAGGACUUCUUGCCAUCAAUCGACCAGGCUCGCACCAUGCCAAUCGAGGAGCCAGCCCACGCCUCAACUAGCGACACUGUUGACGCUGCGCCAGUCGACAGAUCUGUGGAACCCUCCGCCGCGAUUCCCUCAGUCACUGUCUCCUCGAACGAUGAGACUAGUUUGAAUCUCUUGCCACCGCUUCCCGCUGCGUCUGCCGAUGAGCAUACGCUUCUCUCACCCGAUUUUGAUCCCUCAAUCCAUCGCGCCGGUGAUGCACUGCUUUCAACCCAAGAUACUCGGUCUGUUGAGCCUAUUGUUCAGGCACCCCACGCAGUCGAGGACCUUCCAGCUGUGCUUGAUAGCAGUGAUCACGCUGGCAAAUCUGUCGCGGAGGAGGACGUUCCUGUGGAUCGCAGUGCUCUGGUCGAAGAUAUCGCUCCCGAAACCCUUACAUUCGAGCCUCUGCUCGAGGACGACGUAUCUGAGAAGAAGCUCUCCAAGAAGGAGAGAAAAAAGCAACUCAAGAUUAAGAAGGCUUGGGAGCAGGCUCAGGCCGAGAUGCAGGAGCUCGAACGACCCGCCGAGUCGACUGAGCAGAACAGCAAGGCUGCUUCCGAAGCAGACACAACGCCGCUCCCCGCCCUCGCGCCUGUAUUUGAGCAGACUGCGGAGACGACCGAAGCCGAGCGAGCUGCGGGUAUUCCGCUACCUGAAGUCUUGGAUAAGGUGUUCGAAGCUCCUCUGGAGUCACUAGCUGACGUUGAGCCCACGCCUAAGCUCGAGGUUGCUAUUGAAACAGAGGCACCGUCAACUUUCCUACCCGCUGUUGAACAAGCGGCGGCGAUCCCUUUACCUGAUGCUUCAGACGAAUCUUUUGAUUCUCCUCUUGACUCCUUGGCCUCAAUCGAGCACAAGCCUGACACCGUUCUCGAUGUAGCGGCACUGCCGACUUCCCUGCCAAUCCUUGAACAAGUUGCGGAGACCCGCGAGAUCGAGCAAACUACAGCCAAACCGCUCUCUGAGAAGGUUGAGGACAUGUCUCAGUCGAAUACCAAGGAGGUGUCUGAAGAGCCGGUCAAGGUCGAAGAGCAAGCAAAGGCCGAGGAGGUGCCCAAAAGUGAAGAGGAUCCUUUUGCUGGCUUGAGUAAGAAGCAGAAGAAAAAGAAGACGGCAGCGAUGGCAGCUGCUACUGCCGCGGCCGCGGCCGCCGCUAGCGCCGCUGCCAUCGUCACCAACGAAACUGACUCUUUUGAAGCCAAGGAGCCUCCCGUCUCUUCAGGCCCCCUUCCCGAAGCCGUCUCGGAGCCGCCAAUUGAUGCCGAGAAGGCAACGGAGACCACCACGGAAUCCGAAACAGCUGCAGGUGUUCCUCUUCCUGAGAUCUCGGGACCUGUCUCGGAGACCUCUCGAGAGACCAGAGAAGCCCUCGAACCAGUCAAUGCUCCCAAGGAGCAGGAGUCUUCCGAUGUCGAGCUUGCUACUGCUGUUCCCCUACCUGAGCAUAUCGAUGAGUCGCUCGAACCGGAGGUUGAACAGGCUCAACCCGAACAGCAGACUGUGGUUGAGGUGGACCCGUUUGCUGGUCUGAGCAACAAGCAGAAGAAGAAAAAGAAGGCCGAGAUGAAGGCAGCUGCUGAGGCAGCUGCUGUCGCCGCCGCCACUGUUUCACCUCCUGAGCAUGUCAACGAGUCGCUUGACCCGGAGGCUUCUGUCGAGCCAGUCGAUGCCCCCAAGGAGAAGGAGUCUUCUAAUGCUGAGCUUGCUGCUGCCAUUCCACUACCUGAGCAAGUCGACGAGCUGCUCGAACUAGAGGUUAAAGAGGUCAAGCCUGAAGAACAGCAAGAACAUGUCAAUGAGUUGCUUAACCCCGAAUUCAAACAGGCCGAUCCUGAAGAGCAGCCUGAGGUUGAGGUUGAUCCCUUUGCUGGCUUGAGCAACAAGCAGAAGAAGAAAAAGAAAGCCGAGAUGAAGGCGGCCGCCGAGGCUGCUGAGGCUGCGGCCGCAACUGCUGCUACCGAUGUUGCCGAGGCUACUGCUAUUGACGCCGCCGCUGUUCCACUUCCCGAACAUGUCAAUGAGUCUCUAGAGUUGGAGGCUGAACAUCCUAAGCCUGAAGAGCUGCCCGAGGUCGAGGACAAACCAGUGGCUGAGGACAAACCAGUGGUCGAGAAGAAGCCAGUGGCCGAGGAGAACUCAGCGAUCGAGGAGAUGCCAAUGGAUGAGGUGGAUCCCUUUGCUGGCUUGAGCAACAAACAGAAGAAAAAGAAGAAGGCUGAGAUGAAGGCGGCCGCCGAAGCUGCUGAGGCUGCUGCCACUAUUGCAGCCUCCGAAGUUGCCGCCGCUGUCGUUCCACUUCCUGAUGAGCAUGUCAACGAAUCACUCGAAUUGGAGGCUGAACGACCCAAGCCUGAAGAGCAGCCCGAAAUCGAGGAAAAACCCGUGGUCGAAGAGAUGCGAAUGGUUGACUUGGACCCCUUCGCUGGCCUCAGCAACAAACAGAAGAAAAUGAAGAAGGCCGAGAUGAAGGCGGCCGCCGAUGCUGCUGAGGCCGCUGGUAUCGCUGCCUCUGCUGCUGCCGAGCCCGCUAAGGUCAGCAGAGAGGUGGAAGUCGAACAGCCUGCCGCCGCGUCACCCGCACAGCCCAUCGAAGAGAGUGAUCCAGUCACCGAAGCAACUGCUACUCCUGAAACCAACAUCUCUCAAACUAAGGAACCCAUCGAGCUUGAGGAGCCUGCAACCACUUCUCUCGCAGACACUGAGGAGGAGAAGCCUGAAACAGAGCCAGAGCAACUCAAGGUGGAGGAAGAUCCGCUUGCAGGUUUGAGCAAGAAGCAGAGGAAGAAGAAACUGGUUGAGAUGGCCGCUGCCGCCGAGGCUGCCGCUCAAGCUACUGCGGCUGAAGCCAUUGAGAUUCCCGAGGCGUCAGAAGUCCCUCCCGAGCCUUCUCUGGCACCCUCUGCUGAUGUUCAUGAGGCCAAGGAUAUGGAUGAAGGUGAAAAGCAGCCGGCAACCCCCGUCACGGAGGAACCGGUUCCUGUCCCCGUCCUAGAUCCGGCACAAGAGCCAUUGCCUGAGGUCAAUAAUUCCAAGGAGGAAGUCGAGGCUGACCUGCCUGCUUCACCUGCAUUUCCUGAGGCUUCAACCUCCGACACUAAGAAGGGGAAAAAGAAGAAGAAGAAGAAGGGCAAGGAAUCUCUGGAUGCGACAAACGAACCUCUUCUAUCUACUUCAGCCCCCGAGCCCUCAGCUAUUUCUUCCCAACAAGACGCUCCUAAACUGGACAUCGGAGCAAUGCCGCUCGGCACCGCUGAUGACGCUGCACCCGUGCAACAAGAGUCCGUUUCCGAAGCGCCAGAAACCAAGUCCGGUCAGAUCCAGCAGAGUCUCCAUGACCAACAACUCGAUAUCGGUGACCCCCAGGGAAAGCUCGACACACCAUCGGAAUCACUGCCGUACCUCUCCGAGUCUAAGGACAAGUCACUCAGCCCAGCUGACAGCUUGGCUGAGCAGCAGAUUGCAACUGUUGACCAAGACAAGAAGCCCGCCGACACCAACGUAGCGGUCAUUGACGAAACCCAGCCUGUACUUCUAGCACAAGAGGAAAGCCCAGCCACGCUUGAAGACGAUCCCUGGCAGCUAGACGAGGACCCGUGGCAACAGCAACCUUCUGCCUCUGGCCAAGAUGACAUCCUUGCUUCAACGAGCACCGAGGUUUCACUGCCACCAGCCGCCGAUCAAAUCAUCGAUGACACCUCGGUUGAAUCGCGUGAGGCAGAAGACCUAGCUAGGGCCGAGUCUGCUCCCUUGUCCAAGAAGCAGAAGAAGAAGCAGAAGAAGUCCAAGAAGGACCAGACCACUGAAGCUUUGGUUGAAUCUGAAGCAAAGCCUUCUUCCCUCGAAAUGGCUGCAAGCACACAGCCUUCUGUUGCGGAAGUGGACUUGGUACCGACCGAUAACGACACUUCUCAAGCUGUCCCCGCAGAACCUGCUGCCGAUAAUGCAACAAUUGAAACACCUAUCGCAAAAGCAUCGGAGGAGAGGUCCGUCUUACCCGAUACUGAACCAGAUGCUACCACCAUUCCUCUUCCAGGGGAUGAUGCCGACUUCGUUGAGCAGACCCCCCAGCAAUUGAUUGCCGAGGCGGAUGCUGCAGGAGUGCCUCUUCCGGAAGACACUGCUGAAAAGACCGAGGUGUCUGACCCAGCUCCGGCUGAGAAGGAUACAGCUGCGAUUCCUCUUCCGGAGGAUGUUUCCGAAAGAGCCUCCAUUCUCGCGCCUGAAACUUCUGACAACGUGCCUGCUGUUGUUGACAACACAAUGGCAACUUCUGAGCCUAGUCUUAUGGAGCCGCCACCGGCUGAGCCCAUUCAGGCUGAGUCAUCCGGCAAGAAGAAGAAAAAGAAGAAGAAGGGCAAGGGUGCCUCGCUGUCACAGCUGGAUGACGUGAUGUCGUCUGAGUCGACACCUCUCCAGUCCCCCGGCGUUCAGACUCCUACCACUGAAGCUCCCAUCAACAGGGCCCCUGUCAACGAGACUGCCGCUACCGAUGUCCUUGUUGGCGAAGGUCCCGUCAUCGAUACACCGGCGUUCGAUGCUUGGGGUAUCGAGAGCCCCGCUCCCGAGUACUUUGUCAACGCUCCUACCACUGAAGCCCCCUCUGUUGAGGCUCCUUCUGUUGAGACUCCUUCCGUUGAGAUUCCUGCCGUUGAGACUUCUAUCAAGACUCCGGCUGCUGAGACUCCGGUCGCUGAGACUCCGGAGGUUGAGACUUCGACAGCGGCGGCAGAAGUGCCCGUCUCGAAGGUUUCAACUACGGACGCACUCGCUGGAGACCCGUCCAGUGAGAAAACUGUUACCGAUACCGACGCUUCUGAGCCCAUUCCUGCGAACGCACAGCAUCCAGAAGAUGCCGACCUUCAGACGGCCAAGCCGGACGUACUAGCGGAGACGGCCCCAACCAUGGCGGAUAUUCUUGAGACUUCCACGUCUUCUUUGCCUUCUUCUGAGCAACAGCAAGAUUCAGCUCCGGCCGAGGAGACUUCCAAGUCCUCUAAAAAGUCAAAGAAGCAGAAGAAAAAGGACAAGAAAGCAGCCGAAGAGAAUGACCAUGUGCCCGCAGUCAUCAACGAAGAGCUCCCUGCCGAACUCGCAGAUAUUAGUUCAUCCAACCCGCCAAUUGAUGAGAAGUCCUCUGCGACCGACGUGCAGAAAGCCGGUCAAUCGCAGGAAAUCGAUGCCAAGUCGACAGAUUUCGCUGUAGAGGAGACAACUCAAGUGGAACCUCAGACGCCAACAAUGAGUGAAAGCCAGGAUGAGGCCUUCCUCACACCUCUGCAAGGGCCUGCGACUCCUAUCAGCCCAGACGAGGUUUUCGAGAAUGCUUCUCAGGAGCCGACACUUGUUGACAGCCAACGUGACUCGCUUGAGUCCAAACCGCAAGAACUCAUCGUCGAGGACCAGCAGGACCGUGGUCUGGAGUCUCCAGUUGAACCCGAAGCACCAUCAUCCAAGAAGAGCAAGAAAAAGGCCAAGAAGGCUGCUGCAGCCGCCGCAGCAGCUGUCGCUGCCGCCACCACAUUGGAGCCAGCUGUUGAGGACGCUACCAAGGAUUCGGACAAGAUGGAUACUAAGGACGAGACGGUUACGGACGAGUCGAUCACAGACAAGACAGUCACAGACAUUGGAAACUCGAACACGACUAUUUCAGACAAGAUUGGGGAGAUGGAGCAAUCAUCGCAAGAACCCACCGCGAGCGGAGAGUUCGCUACGGACAGCAAGGUUUCAGAGGAGGCAGACCCAGGACCAACUGUUACCAAAAAGGGAAAGAAGAAGAAGAAGGGCAAGAAGUCUUCCACCCUGGACCCGGAGAGUACCCUCGAAAACCCGGCAGAUGUAGCGAAUACAAGAGAACAGUCCGCUUAUUUGACCUCUCCAUCGGGAGAGCCUAGCAGUGACGAAAUCCCCUUCCCGCAAGCAGACACGUCAACAGAGGCUGAGUGGCCGACUGCUACAACUGCGGGCAAGAAGAAGAGGAAAUCCGUGACCUGGGCACCUGAACUGGAGUCUUUCUCGACCAUUGUUGAGCCUGAGCCUGAGCCUGAAAUGCCUCAUGAAGACGACAAUGGCUUGGUGACGGCCAGCAACACCGAAAGCGACUCCAUAUCUGAGGCAUCUUCCGCAGUCGAGCCAAGCCCGGUUCAGGAUGCGUCGAGGGCAGGGGAGUUGCCCGAAGCAGGCAGUCCAGGCGAUGUCCCGACCUCGCAAGGUUUAGACGAGGAUCUCGACCAACAAACAGCCACAGUUGUGGCGGAGAAGGAUCUCGACUCUGAUGGCCAAGCUCAGAUGCACCCUGCAGGCGAGCCCAGUGAGGAGGCCCUGCCCACACUGCAAGACACAACCGCGACCCCCAGCGAUGAUGUUCCGUCAUCUCCUGGGCUGAACAGAACCACGCGGGGAGUUGCAGGCGAACCAAUGGAUAUUCUAGCCCGGGAGCCUUCAACGCCUGCCUUUUCCAGUGAAGGCGGCGCUGAAGUGGCCAACGAGAAGGGCGGUGAGACAUUAGAACGGGAGCACGAGGUAGACGCGGAGCAGGUGGCUAGUACCCAGGCUGGUGCAACAUCGGACCCCGAAGCUGCGGGCCGCCCUGACACCAUUGACGAACCAUCAGCGGGAUCCAACGCUCAAACGGGAGAGGUCGGCAGCCAGGACCCCGGCCUGCAUGCGGGUGUGGAGCCGAUUGACGACAAAUCACUGGAGAACACGCAAAACAGGCGGAUAGCGGAUGCCCAAGCCGUGGGACCGGCCCUCACCGACUCGGCCCUGGAGCUUCUGGAGGCUGGAGACCCACUUCAACCCCCGGUCACAGCCUUGGCGAACCAAGACACAAACACGGCGAUCCCCCAACCUCUAGGACGGGGCACACAGGACCGACAGGUACCCAGUCAGACAUCAUUGGAGGUUGGCAAAAAAUCUGACGCGGGGAUUACUGACUUUACUGCCGAGACCGAGACCCUUCCGGAAGACGUUCAACAACUAGACAAAAUUUCAGACGUCGAAAAGAAGGAAGAAGAAAAAAAGGACCAGAGAGAGGAAUUUGAUUCUCUCGCCGCCAAUGUUGGAUUCCCGGGUCAAUCAGAUCUCUCGGAAUCUUUGGGUCAACCGAUCUUGCCGGAGCCGCAACUAGAGCCGCUUUCGGAGACUCUUCCCGGCCUUGAACCAACAGGGGACCCGAAUACCACUCACGACCCUGAACAGACCGAGACACAAGUCGGUCAGGGAGACGACGUUGGUUCUGAGCCCUCAAGCUCGAGCAAGAUGUCCAAGAAGGAAAAGAAAAGCAGCAAGAAGAAGACCAAGGCUGCAACGUCCGAACCAAUUCCUCAGGAUGAUGUCCAAACUCUCAAGUCACAGAUCGUGGACGAUGGAGCCCCGGCUGUCAAGGCCGUUGACGAACCAGUCCAAGCACCGGAGCAGGCGGGUCCGGAUCCCUCGCCCGAUGUCACGGACGCCCCGGAGGCGGCCACCGUAAGAGAAGCAAUCGAGGCUGGCGAGGAUGAAUGGGCAAUUCAACCAGCUGGCAAGAAGAGUAAAAAAGACAAGAAGAAGAAGGCUGCAGCUCAGGCAUCUGCUGCAGUGGAAGAGCUGAGCACCGAGCCUACGCCUGCGUCUGAAAAGUGCGAGGUUCCCGCUGAGCCAGAAGUGCCUUUACAAGCUUCAGCAGACGAAACCUAUAAGGGCGUUGAUGCUGGCCACCACAAGUCAACAGAGGAGUCUGCGGACACCCCGGAGAAUGCAGAGCCCAAGCAAAGUGAAGAGGCUCAAGCCCCAGCGGAAAGCAUAUCAGAUGAAGUUCAAAGUUCCCUACAGCCAACGACAAAGGAUGAGCUGCCAGCUGAAUUAGCAGAGGCUGACAUCAAUGACUUUGAGCCAGUGAACAAGAGCAAAAAGGACAAGAAAAAGAAGAAGAAGAAGCAGCAAAGCCUUUCAUUAGACGACAGCCAGGAACUUGCUCAGCCGGAGACUCCGUUGGAGGAAUCUUCCUCUGCUUCACCUGGUGACGCCCUCUCGCUUGGCGACGCAACACAAAUGCCAUCUGAAGAUGUGCAUGCUUCAUCUGAGCCAGCACCCGACAGCCCCUCACAGGCCGAUGCUCAGGAUGACCUUACCUUGAAGUCUGAGAAAGCACCACCGGCUCAGGACUCACCAGCCACUUCGCGGCCCACUGACCUGGAGGCAGGAGCCUCCUCUGCUCCUACGACUGAAGAAUCAGAAGUCAAGCAGGAACUGCCAUCGGAGCCUUCCAGCCAAACCGAUCCUUCUCCGGCAACACUCGAGACACCUGCAGAUAACACUAUUCCACUUGCAGAGGAAGAAUUCCCGGCUGUCACCAAGAAGUCCAAGAAGGACAAGAAGAAGAAAAAGGGUCUCGCUUCAGACAUCCCUGAUGAGCCGCCAGCCACACCAGAAUCGCAGCUUGUGGCGAAGGAGAUUGACCUGUCAGAUGCACCGCAGUCUUCCGAGAUGUCAACAGCAUCUGCUAUGACACCAGCCACAGAGCAGCCAAGUUCUCAAGCCGUGGAUGAGGAGGCCAUUCCACCAGAGACAGCGGUAAACACCGAGUCAUCAGCUAUCGUAUCCGAGGAUCCCAUUUCUGAGAACCAAACGCCGACUACUGUGGAGGAAGAGCUUACCACCUCGAAGAAAUCGAAGAAGGACAAGAAGAAGAGCAAGAAGGACAUCGCGCAAGAUAUUCUGGAGGACUCUCCUGCUCCAGAGGCAGAAACCACGCCUGAAUCGAUACCCACAUCGCAGGUAGAGGAAGCUCGCGAAGAAGCCGUCGUUCCUGGUGACGAGGUUUUCGCCCAGCUGAGGGACACCGCGGAAGAGCCCAUAACUGAGCUUCCCGAGCAGCAGACGGAGGUCUCUGCCAAAGCGGAGCCUGAGCAAGAAAAGGGUAUUGAAGAGACGGCGUCCCUAGAAUCGGAGCAGCCCAAGGUCGAGGAUGAUCCCUUCAAAGGCAUGAGUAACAAACAGAAGAAAAAGAAGAAGGCAGAGAUGGCCGCUGCCGCUACCGCACUGGCCGUUGCUACUGAAGCCGCUGCUCAGGAACCCACGCCUGCCGCCGAGGACCAAACCGUCGACUCCACGCCUGCUACUCUUGAGACCUCGCCAGAGGCGCAGCCUACUGAGGAAACCGCUACCGAGGAACCUUCUGCGCCAGAGCCGCAAACCGCAGAUGAAGUCAAGAGUGCGCCACAGGUUACACCGGAGUCGACGAAGUCUGAAGAGGAUCCAUUCAAGGGUAUGGAUAAGAAGCAAAAGAAGAAGAAGAUGGCCGAGAUGAAGGCGGCCGCUGAAGCUGCUGAGGCCGUCGAGGUCGAGAAACCCACGGAAGACGACGCUGCCGUUGAGAAGCCUGUCGAGGCGCACCCCACAGAGGACUUGGUCGCUGAGAAAACCUCCAUCGAGGAGGAGCUCACUGGGAAGCAACCUGCCGAUGAGAAGUCUGCCCAUGAAAUCCCCAUCGAGACACAUUCCACAGACGACAUGUCUAAGCCGGAAACUACCACCGAAGACAAGACGCCUGUCGAAGAGAUGACUUCUGACAAGACUACGAUCGAUCCACCGGUCGAGGAGCAGUCCGCCGUCGAACCGGAACGCGCGGCGGAACCAGAAGUGUCAGAGGCAGUAUCAGAGCCAGUUAAAGAAGAGGAAGACCCUUUCAAGGGCAUGAACAAAAAGCAAAAGAAGAAGAAGAUGGCUGAGAUGGCUGCCGCCACCAAGGCUGCCGAGGCUGCUGCCGCUAGUGAGGCUGUCUCGGAGGCCCAGAAAGUAUCUUCUGAGCCUGCUACGACCGAGGAGGAGACCCCUGCUCCAGCCAAGCUCGUCGACGAAGAGCCUGUUAUUGAGGAGUCUGCUGCCAAGGAGACUGCAGCUGAGUCGAAGUCCGUGCCUGAACCGGAGCUCGAGCAGCCUCAAGUCGAAGAGGAUCCUUUCGCUGGCCUGAGCAAAAAGGAAAAGAAGAAGAAACUGGCUGCAAUGGCCGCUGCUGAGGCCGAAGACAAGGCGAUUGAGCAGACAGUUGGUGAGGACAAGGUUGCCGAUGAGAUGCCUGCGGAUGUAGCUGUUGAAGAGACGCCUGCUGCAGCCCUACCUGCCGAGGAGUCGACUCUUGCCGACAGACCCACCGAUGAGAAGGCUGUCGAAGAUGCGCCUGUUCAAGAGCCGCCCCGGGACGACGUUCAGGACAAGGAGGACCCCUUCAAGGGCAUGAACAAGAAGCAGAAAAAGAAAAAGAUGGCCGAAAUGGCCGCUGCAGCAGAGUUGGCUGGAGCCACUACGGUUUCCGAGCCUGCCACUACUGAAACUUCACAAGUCCCUGAAGAAAAGCCCGAGGAGGUGGCGGUUGAGCACAAAAUCAUUGAGGAGACUCCUGCCGGAGAAAGGCCCAUCGACAAAUCUGAGCCGGAACCAGCCGUCGUCGAGGAGGACCCUUUUAAGGGCAUGAACAAGAAACAGAAGAAGAAGAAGAUGGCCGAAAUGGCAGCAGCUGCUACAGCUGCAGCCGCCACCGCCGGAUUCAUCGCAUCUGAAGUUAAGGAUGUCCACCACGACAAGGCUACAGAGGACAAGACAGACAUCUCACCCGAGCAGCCACCCGCAUCAGAAGUAGAGACUGCCGCGACACCCGAGGAAGCUCCCAGGGAUGUUAGCCCUGAGCUUCUUGAGGUGAAGGAGGCGUCAGAAAACGCCGAGAGCCAGUUCGAUGCUCCCGCUAUUCCGGAGACCAAUGCCAAUGACGAGUUCCCGAUGGUCGAGAAGAAGGCGAAGAAAGACAAGAAGAAGAAGGGCAAAGCCUUGGAAAUCCUCGAGUCCGGUCCUUCGACUGAGGUUACCGCCCAAGCAAGCGAACCUGCCGCAGAGCCUUCUAUCGAGACUUUUGCCGAGACCGUGCCAGAGCUUCCGCUGGGCGAUCCUACUCCAGCCGCCGAGGGCACAGUUGCCGCAGUAGAGGAGCCUUCUUCAUCAAUGCCAAGUAUCACAAUCGACCAGUCUGCCGACCAGUCGAUGCAUCUCGAGAGCCCUAAAGCACCUAUGGAGGAGCCUGACAAAGAGGUCAUCGAAGCGGUGGCAACAGGCGAGCCUCACCUAGAUGCCGAUGUUGCUGCGGCCGCCCAGGAGUCUUCUAAAUCCAUGGAGGAGGACUUCUCUCCGAAGCUGUCUAAGAAGGAUAAGAAGAAGAAGAAGAAGGGCAAGCUUCAGGACGACUCGAGUCCUCCCUCUGGAACGACAACACCCACCGUCUUUGAGCCUUCAGACCCCCUUGAUGUAUCUGCUCCCGAUGUUCGAGAAGAAGCACCGGCCGCCGCUACCACCGAUGUUCCUGCACCUGACUCAACCGAAUCGACCAGAGAAACUUCGGUAGACAUCUCGGAACCACAAGCAGAGGCCGUCACUGCAGAUGUCAGAGAGACGGCAAAGGUGGAGAGCGAGCUCCCUUCUGUUGCCAGUGAGGCUGAGGAGGUGCACUUAGCCAACGCAGAGUUGCCGACCAAUGAUACAGAUGCUACUCCGGCUCCAGUUGGAGACUCUUCCGCUGAGGUUUCCGCUGUAGCCCCCGUCGAGACCCCUGUUGAGGCUUCCGCCGAGAUUCCAAACAUCGAUGACGAAUUCCCAGCCUCCCAGAAGAAGUCAAAGAAGGACAAGAAGAAGAGGAAAGGCAAGAUUCAGGACGACAUGGAGAUCACAUCGGGAGCUGCCACUCCAGCUGAGGCACUUGAAGCUGAGAAUCAGCAAAUGCAGCUGCCCGAUGUCUCUGUCGAGUCAGUCAAGACUCCUACGCAUGCCAACUUCCCCAAGGCUGAGCCAAUCUCCACCCCAAUUCAAGAGGUGGAGGACCAUUCCGUAGCGGAAACCCUCGCGUCAGCGCCUUCGGCUGAACCGGAGACCGCCGUCGAUCAAGAUUCCAUAGCUAAGGAAUCCCAGCUUCCAAUCGACGCACCACUUGAGGAAGAAUGGCCCGAGAACGCGCCCGUCAAGAAAUCUAAGAAGGACAAGAAGAAAAAGAAGUCCAUGGCUGAGGAAGAUUUUGUUCUUGCAUAUGGAAACGAGACACCAAUGGAGACAACCGUCGAAGACAAUAAAGAGGAAGUAGCACAUAUUGACGAUGCUACAACUACCGAUAGGUUCCUGGCCUCUGAUAACAAGACGGCUUCGGAGAUCCCACUUGCUGAUGCCCUAGUGGAAGCGCCACUCGAGGUUGACUCUGCACAAGCAUCAGCUCAAGAGGUAGCACAGCUUUCUUCAUCGCAGGAUGUUUCACAAGAACAGCUGGUGUCAGACCUACAACAACCUUCUCCUGCACUCUUAGCCGAGAACCAGCCUAAGCCAUCAGCUUCUUCAAGAAAUAUCGAGCUUGAGCCCGAGAAGACUGCCGAAGAGACAGCGGCUGCCGAAGAGCCGUCAGAGUUCACAGUCAAGAAGUCUAAGAAAGACAAGAAGAAGAGGAAGUCUAUCUUGACCGAGCCUGAAACUCCCGCUCCAAGUGCUGAGGAGCAAGCGGUUACCUUGGAAACCAUUGCCACCGAUUCCGUCGAAGAUCCAAGCACUGCAGAGCCCAUCUUAGAGAGCUCGGCCGUCGAGCCUAUGGAGGAAACGGCCCUAUCUACUGAGGAAUCGGCUUCGGUGAUUCCGGAGACUGAGCCCGCAGGUGUUCACUCCCAAGAUGCCCAGCCAAGACAAGUUGCAGAGUCAGAUGUGCCAACGACCACUCCGGACCUUGAGCCCAAGCCAAAAGGACUGGACAGCCAGUCUGAUGCUGCCCCUUCGACUGAGCAAGAAUCCAUCGCUCCCAUCGCAGCCGAGAGUCUCCUCGAGAGUGCUUCUGAUCAAGCCCGUUCGGUCGAAAGUUCCAACGUUGUGGCUGAGCCAGAGGCCGCAGCCCCUGCUGAUCUUGACGAUCUCAUGCCUGCGAAGAAGAGCAAGAAGGACAAGAAAAAGAAGAAGCGACAGAGCCUGGCAUUCGACGAUGUCGAACCCGAGUCGCCCCUGGCUUCUGGCACGGCAACACCCAAGCUUGAGUCGACGGAGCAGCAAGAAACCGAGCGAGCUUUAAAUCAACAGCCUCUUCUAGUGGAAGAUAUCUCGAGACAUGAGGACCAUACUUCGAGCAACGAGCCAUCCUUCACAAGGGAUAUCCUCGCAACAGACAAAUCCCUAGAUUCCACUUCAGUGCCUCAAUCUCUCCCUAAUCUCGACGCCUCAGCUGGCCCCCAAAUGGUGGACGUCAUGGUACCUGAACGCCACGAAGAUUUCACUCAAGCCCAAGCAAUCCCCGACGGCGCGCUGGCUGCUGAACCUACGACGCAACAGGUUGUCGGUGACGAGACGGUCUCUGCUGACCGGGUGGAUGGAGUCUUGCCUGGCGCUUCAAUGGACGUGACUGAACAGGACGACACGCGCCCUGUGGAGGCAACGAGCGCACCGGAUGUCCGUGAAAGUGCGCUCACUGAGGAAGCUGAAGAGACCUUCGUCGUCAAGAAGUCUAAGAAAGACAAGAAAAAGCGCACCAGCCAGGUGCAGUUCGAGGAGCCGGCCACUCCCAUCCUCGAGACCACCAAAGCUUCUGAGCAAGCUGCCUUCGCCGAGCCAGGGCCUGAGGUUGUCCCUCGGGAGAUCGUGCAGGAACCCGUAGUCUUUGACGAUGUGCCGCAAGAACCCAUUGCGGAAGAGUUCGACUCCAAAAAGUCUAAGAAGGACAAGAAGAAGGCCAAGAGACUUUCCUUCGCGGAUGAGCCAGAAACAAUCGUGGAGGAGCAGACUAGCGCGCCAGUCUUACCUGAAGGCGACUUCACCGCACCGGAGAUGUCAAAGAGCCUCCCGGACACCGCUACUGGGACUGAUGUUGCAAAGAGCUCUAUUUCCUUAACAGACCCAGGUCAUCAGACAACGGCGAUGCUCGAACCGGAAUCAACAACUCAACCUGUCUUUGCUGACGACGAUGAAUGGGACAUCCCCAUCACUAAAAGGUCGAAGAAGAAUAAGAAGGGCAAGAAACAGUCAAUUUCACUGGACCGCUCUCCCAUCAGCGCCAACUUACUGCCGGAACAAGAAAUGAUUGUGCCUGGACCGAGCCGAACUGAAGAUACGAAAGACACGGUUGAGUAUUUCGACAGUGCACCUCGCGAAAUCACUCGAAGCCCUUCAGCGCCACCGCCUCCAGAAACUGCAUCAGCCCUCGAAUCACCUGCAGGCGUAGUCCCAGAGCCUACUGGUGUCAAUGCCUCGUCUCCUACGUCGAACAAGUCAGUAGACAUCGAUCUUACUCCUGCACAGGAGACGAGCAACGUCGUUCAUGAACUGCCUUUCGAUCAGCCAAACAAGCGCAAGAAGAUGAAGACGAGAGAGUUGUCCGACACUCUCCUCCCCGAGCCGAUUGUCAGCUCUAGAGAUGUUGCUGCUGCGUACUUUGAUGAUCGCGAGACACCAGCUGCGGAGAUCAGCAAAAUUGGGGAUGAACUCCCUACCCCGGAAGCUGAUCUACCUCGUGAAAAAGAGAUUCCUGGGCCAAGCGCGGGCAAAGACGAGCCUCUUCGGGAACCAGAGCCAGCUGCAUCCCUCGACAUCGCUGCUUCGUACAUGGAGCACAAGUAUGACCAUAAGCCGGAAGAAUCUAUUCAGCCAAUCACUCCAGAGAAGAAGGCACCCGAGUCAUCAGGCAUUGGCGCCGCAGUCGGGGCAGCAGCACUGGCCGCCGGUGCAGCAGCCCUCGCUAGCAAAUCGAGCAGCGGUAAGAAGAAGAAGGGAAAGAAGUCCAAGUACGAGGACAAGCGCGCAGCACAAGAGGAAGACAUGUUUGAUGAUCCUUCUCUCUGGGAAGGUGCCGAUAGGAAACAUGUCAGCGAGAUCGCAAGCAAAGAGGUGGAAGACUUUUGGGGCGGCGGUGAGGAAACGACCGAUAACCAGCUGCCUGAGCAAUCAACCAGAACGAGCAUGAUGGUGGACGACGUCUUUGGUCCCUCGCUACAGCAACAGGAGGGCGUCCCCAUUCAAGCACAGGAUACUAUUGUUCACGGACAAGAGCCCAGCGCGUCUCCAGUAGCUCGAGGAUUGGUAGAGGAUGUAUCAAAAGGAGGGUCACAGGAGGAGGAAAAGGCUAAGGAUGUUCUGAGUCUCACAGCACCGCUCAAGGAAAAGGCUCAAGACGACAACAUUGAGAGCCCGAUUCUUGGCAGAGAAAUUGGAACGGACCAACCGAGCGAGCCUGCCAACAUCACGACUCAACAACGCUCAGUAAGCCGGGGGACUAGGUCACCCAUGACAAACACUAUGGUUAGCGAUAUGGAUGAAGCAGUCGAUCGUGGAUUCGAGGCUGAGGCCCGUCGCGAUCUAUUUGUUAGACGUUCACCAAACAGCCCUGAGCGGACCUUUGAGAUGAGUGGUUUCCGGAGUCCGGUGCCGAGCAUCUUGCCGCCUGUUCAGGAGGAGGGUCACGAUGGAAGCGAUAUCGAACCUCGAUUGUUGUACAGACCUGCUUCUCGCACAACCACGGGCUCACCUGACCCAACCCGAGACAGCGGGUUUGUACCCAGCUCACCUCAUCCUCUCAGAAGGGGAGGUUUCGACAAUGAGGAGCAACGAGACAGCGGAGUUCAUCUUCGCGAUUGGCAGGAGCAAAGAUCACCAGGCCGCGAUGGACAACGAACUCCCGAAUUGAGAGUUCACAGAAGUGAAAGACGACGAUCCAGAGAGCUGGAGAGAGCAAAGUCGCCGGAGAAGACAUCACUGAUCGAAGGAGAGGCUCGCGAUCACCCACUUUCCAGAACACCCGUACUGCGAGAACCUGCAGGAAGGGAGUUGACUCCAGAGCCGCAGAAGCACAAACGGGGCAUCAGCCCAGAGCUUGAAAGACGAAGAAACAAGUAUCAGGACCUAGCGUCGGCUGCCUUGGCUGGUGCAGCAAUCAGCAGCACAGUCUCGUCACCACGCAGCACUCCGCCACCAGGCAACCGCAGCGUCUCUGAUAGGGUCGCACGGCUGCAGUCUCCAGCACCUACAGAGCCUAUAGCGCGCAGAUCCAUGUCCAACAGUAGCCUGUCACGGCACCGGCGGGCCACUGGGGCGCUAACGCCAGAACCACUCAAGUUCCGGCCUGAGAGCCCAGGCAUCCAACGGUCAGGCACCGCCACCCCGCCUCUUCGCCGGGUCGACAGGCGUGUAAGCGGAGACUUGCGAUCCAUCAGCCAACGAAGUCAGCUUGACCUCAACAAGGACCCCAAGGACCCGACCAGCUCCUCCAACACCCCCGUCGCCAACGAAGGUCGUGUCCGUACCAAGGACAUGGCCGACGUCUUUGAUGGAUUCGGUGAAGGCCGCAUCGGCUCUCCCCGAUCGCCUACCCGUCCACACAGCAUGCGGCGUCGCCAGAGCAUGCAAGUCCUCGAGCUCGAGUCUCGCGUCGAACAAUUGAUGGCGGAGAACCGCAUGCUCACAGACGCCCGAUCCCAAACCGAUACCCACAACAGCAACAGAGCCUCUGGCAUUCUUGCAGAGCGCGACGCCGAAAUCGACGUUCUCAAGCAGUCACUAGAAUUUCUACAAAAGGAGGUUGCCCGAUUGACAGAGGUCAACGAGGGCUUGAACAGCGCCAAUACCCAACUUGCUGCCCAACACAAUGAGCGUUACCGAUCAUUGGAGACCCAGCACUCUGACGCCUCCCGGCAAUUGGAGCAAGCGCGCACCGAGCAUAACCACUUCCAGGAGUCACUUCUUCAAAAGGAUGCCGAGAUUGGCCGCCUUCGCUCUGAGCUCGAUGCGGCCAAGGACAAGAUCCGGCAGAUGCAGCGCCAGAUCCUGGCAUCAAAGGGCGCUGACAGCGACUUCCUCAAUGUCAAGGACGUCGACCACUUUGACCACAGAUGUCAGCAGCUCUGCUCUCACGUACAGCAGUGGGUUCUGCGCUUCUCCAAGUUCUCUGACAUGCGCGCCUGCCGCAAGACAAACGAGAUCAAUGACGAAAAGGUCAUUGACCGUCUCGACAACGCCAUCCUCGAUGGUACCGACGUGGACACUUAUCUCGGCGACCGUGUCAGGCGCCGAGAUGUGUUCAUGUCCAUGACGAUGAACAUGAUUUGGGAGUUUGUGUUCACUCGCUACCUCUUUGGCAUGGAUCGCGAGCAGCGACAAAAGCUCAAAUCGCUGGAAAAGCUGCUUACAGAGGUCGGCCCUCCCCCGGCCGUCCGACAAUGGCGCGCCGUCACCCUAACGCUGCUCUCCAAGCGCCCCAGCUUCAAGCACCAGCGCGACCUCGACACUGAGGCCGUGGUCCAAGCCAUCUUUCAAACGCUGUCCAGGGUCCUCCCUCCCCCUUCCAACCUGGAGGACCAGAUCCAAUCACAGCUGCGCCGCGUGAUGCGGGAGGCCGUCGACCUCUCCAUCGAGAUGCGCACUCAGCGCGCCGAGUACAUGAUGCUCCCGCCGCUGCAACCAGAGUACGAUGCCGACGGCGAGCUCGCCGAGACUGUCACGUUCAACGCAGCGCUUAUGAAUGAGCGCAGCGCCGACAAGUCCGCUUCCAACGAGGCCCUCGAGGCCCAGAGCGCCGUUGUGCGUAUCGUCUUGUUCCCGCUCGUCGUCAAGAAGAGCGACGACGGCGGCAACAAUGACGACGAGAUUGUUGUGUGUCCUGCCCAGGUGCUGGUGGCUCGGCCCAAGGGCAAGUCCGUUAGGCUGUUUACGCCCGGCAGCGACGCUGGCGGUGCGUCGCUCGGCGGGCAGACGGCGGCCACGCGCAGCGAUCUCAGCAUGGGUACAUUCUUACCCGAGCAAGCCUCCAACUUGCGGUAA